CGACGCCGAAAAAUUUCAUAAGAUCAACAACAACUCACUGCUGUGGUGUACAACUCCAUCUGCUCAAUGGAUCUUGACUGCUGGUAGCCCCGUAGUUUACUCGAGCCUGCAGCGACGACUGAAAGUUUGUCUGUCGGUGACGUCAUAGCGACUAUCGUCCAAUAGUAUCCCAGCAUGAGCGGUACAACCAGUACACCAUCGUUCUUCUCGUUCGGCACGAAUGAUAGCUUCAUAACCAAGAGCUUUGCAGGUCUUAAGUACCGCAAUCUCCCGGCCGCACUCCGGGAUUUUCUCCUGGGAAGUACUGUCUCAGAAGUGCACUGGGCAAGCUUGGGGCUCGUGACCGACUCCUGGAUCCUGAGUUUCAAAGACACCUCAGGCAACAAUAAUCUCCGUUGGGGCACCGCCAUUCCGCAGCGUCUCCAGACUAUUCUAACAAAAACUUGGCAUUCACCCCAAUUACGCGCUUUCCUUGGCCCCAGGGACUCGUUCAUUGUCUGGCACCCUGAGCUCAUCCGCUGGGCAAACCUCCCUGAUGCCCUCGAAGAUGCGCUACAAUCCUGGCUAACGCCCUCCGGAUGGAAGGUUGGCCCACCGAGGAUAGUGACAUGGGGCCCCGAAGGCGCUUUCUUUGCAAUGAGUGAGUAUGGCAAUGUCGUGUAUCGCCUUGGAGAUGGAGAUGCGUGGGAGAUCUAUAAAGAGACAGUGGACGAGUGGAAAGCCGAGAAAGGUUUCUUAUGGAGCGACCUCGCGUUCAUUGCACUCGACCCAACUAGCUCGGAUCAAUUCAUUGCGAUUCGAAACGACGGAACAUGGGGUGGAUCAAUUGAAGAUGCGAACGAAGACGCGCUGGAAACUUUUGCAUUGAAUUUCUUUGCAAAGGCGAGGCACAAGUCAAAGCCAAGUGCCAGCCACAGCAACGGUCAAUUACCAAACGGCGUGCCCACACCUACUCAGACGAAGCCAGAUGCAGCAAUGCAAGCCCUCUACGAAAGCUGGUCUAAAGAAACAGCCACUAUGCUCGCCUCAGCAUCCGCUGCAAUUGGCGGUUCGAGACCGAGAGCCCCCCGAAAACUUCAAGUCCGCUCUCAAUCCAGCACCUCUGAUGCAUCAGCCUCAUCCACACAACGUAGAGCCUCAAUAUCCGGCAAUAUGCUCACUUCUUUCCCCUACCUUCCCAGUAGGGUCACUACAUGCGCCCUUACGGCGUGUACUAUCCUAAAAUCCGAGCCAGACGGCAUACAAGCAUGCCACCAUGAUGUGGAGAAGCUACUCCGCGCGAGCGGAUUGUAUAGCUAUGAGUGGCUGAGGCAAGAGCGGUUGAGGUGGCACCCGGACCGGUUUGGACGAUUGUGUGAAGAGCACUGGAGGGAGACGGGAAGGAAGAUGGCGGGCGAAAUGUUCAAGCUCAUGAGUGUUUUAAUUGAGGAGAUUGGGAUCGCAGAGGGGAGGGAGAGAAGUGGGAGUAUGGCGUGAAAGUUGUAUAAUGUUUGCUAUCAUCGGAUACCCAAGCAAGUCCUUCAGCC